UUGAAUAUGUAUGUUAUAUUUUUUAAUGGGCAUUUUUUAGAUAAAAUUGAAAUGUACAGGGUAUCUCAAAAUUGAGAUACCAUAUUUAAAUUGACAUUUUAAAAUAAGAACCCCCUUUAAACGAAAAUAAUGGAGACGUGAAACAAAACUUUCCGCGAUUUUCGCGUGUUUUUAAGGGUUUUCUAGUGCGGUGUUUUACUAUAACGUGCUAAAUCACGUAAAUAGGUGUCGUGUGCACUGUACAAAGUAAUAUUUCUUUGCGGGGCGAAAUGAGCUCAGAAAGUUCAACCCCUAAGCCCGCGGCGGCAUCCACACCGCAAGCCAGACCGUCCGGAGGCGAGGACUUCAUAGAAGUCCGCCACCGUAGAUACCGACAAAGACCGUGUGGGGCCGAAUUAAAAAGGAGAAAGAAGGAGAGGGAUAGGAUCCUCGCUUCUGAAAACCUGAAACCAGGCCACAGCCGGGCCCCUCAUAAGCCUCCCAGGGGGGCUAGGACCAACCAACCACUGCAAAGUGGUAGGAAAGAUGUCCGCACCCAGGGACAGGCGAGGGCGCAACCCGAGCAGCAGCGAUUCGCCACCUCUACCGAACCCUCACUCAGAGAAUCGAAGAGGAAGUGGCAGGAAUCCGCCCUGGAUAAAUCGGCUCAACAGGGCCCCAAAAAAGGCUUCAAGGACGCGCUGUUGUCGCACCUUAAAGUUGCCGUUAUUAACAGCCAAAAUCAGCUGGGUAAACUCAGCGAGACUGAGGCCGGACAUGUCAAAUACGAGCUGACGAACGCUUUGUUUAAAGUAAUUACUCAGCUCGACCCUAAACAACAAACGCCGAUACCAACGUUUACAUCGAUGGUCUAUGCAGGCCAGAUCUUAAAGGUCGCCUGCAAUGAUGACCACUCUUUAACGUGGUUGAAGGCUGCAGUACCGCUGAUACCGCCCCUAGAGGGCGUAGUACUAAGCGUUGUCAGGGAAGUUGAUCUUCCUACCCUUUCAAGAAUCCAAGUUUGGAUUCCCGAUACUGAUGUGGAUGUGAACACCAGGGAACAGACACUUCAGAUUCUAGCGGCUCAAAAUAGACACCUAGAUGUCGCCAACUGGUGCCUCUUUCGCUACGAAGUGAGGACAGACCCUGUGGGUCGCCUCAUUGUCUUCGGGGCAGGGAAGAAGGACGCCGAAUGGCUUAAAAUCCAUGAAGGUAGAAUCUGCUACCUUUUCAACACCUUAAAGGCCCGCGUUGGCAGAUUAAAAGACCCCGAGCAGGGUGUUGGAGCAGCCGCGGAGGGAGAGACGGCAGAGCGGAUGGAAACAGCUGAUGUUCCAACCGCUGAGGAAGAUGAGAACACUCUCGUCAACCUAGACGUCGAUCCCAAAAUCCCGGCUUCGAGCAAGGAGUUGGAGGAGUCCAUCCUGGAUACACCUCCGCUCAGAACAGCAUCAGCUGAUCAACUCGCCUCUUCGAAAUGAACGAAAAAGGUGAUGUAUACAAGGUAGGUGACGAAUUAAGGGUGCUACAGUGCAACCUACAUCGUAGAAGUGCAGCAACUGCCACCCUUUGUCGCCACCUUGAUAUGAUGAUUAACACUAUCGCGCUGAUCCAAGAACCUUGGGUUUUAAAAUGCAAGGUCUGCGGUUUCAGUGGUUUAAGCGGUUCUAUUUUUUAGCUGCCCUGCCACUAAUAAGGUCAGAACUGUCAUUUACGUACCAAAAGACGCAAACGCUCACCUGUUGCCUCAGCACACAGGAAGAGCCGUUACGUCGAUUAGAGUACGGUGUACCAUCAACCGAAAGGUUAAGGAAAUAACGGUGGCAUCAGUUUACCUCCCGUAUGAAGACCAGUCUCCAUCUCAAGGAUUGGAAAGACUGGCCGAGAACGGAAGGGAAGAUAACUGGAAUCUUGUCAUCAGAUGUGACUCUAAUGCACAUUCAACUGCCUGGGGCAGUGCUGAUGGUAAUGGAAGAGGUAAGUCCCUUCUUGAAUUCAUUUUUGAGCCGCUAACUGAUUGACCUUUAUAACCGCUAAAGGUCAAUCAGUUAAUGACAUCACACUCGCUUCGAUGGGUAUCUCGUCCUCGAUUCACAAUUGGACGGUAUUUCAAUGUCGGACCAUAGAUGAAUCACUUUCGAUCUAGGUACCAUAAAGGUUGGAAAGAACCUAAAGCGUAACCCCAGAAGGGCGGAUGUGGACGCGUUCAGAUCUUUACUAACUGGGUGUUUGAGCGAUAUUGGGUUACGUAAGCCAACUGAAAGCUUUGAAGUUGAGGAGUACCUAAAUACUAUUAGUGAUUCCUUAAUUAAAGCUUAUAAAAAGGCCUGUUCCCUCUGAUCAGAGGCCGUUUCUGGGCGUGCUACCAUUUGGUGGUGUUCUGAGCUCGGCAAGCUCAAAAAGGAGGCAAGAACAUCCUUUAAUAGAGCUAAAAACUCAAAAUUAGACUCCGACUGGAAUCUUUAUAAAGGAAAAUUAGCGGAGUUCAAAAAAAGCGUUCGUCAUAGAAAACGAGAAACGUGGAGGAAAUUUUGUGAGGAAGUUUCCUCCUACAGCGAAGUUUCUCGGCUAAAUCGUGUUCUGGCUUCAGAGCCUGAACGACGAAUUUGCUUACUAAAAAAGGCUCACGGUUCUUAUACUGACAACCUUUUGGAGAGUCUUCAUCUAUUAAUGGAGGUGCAUUUUUCAGGUUCCGGAAGUUCCGUGUGCUUACAACAGGAAACCAACCAUGAACCUACUGCAGAUGAUUGGAUUUCAGCUGAAGAGAUCUGCAGGGAGGAAAAAAUACCAUCAACAGUUUCUCUCCGUUCAAAACACUAGGACCAGACGGUAUUAUACCUGCCCUUUUACAAUGGGGCUUGGAGGAUUCACCUAGUGGAAAUCUGCCAGGCAUCUCUGGCGCUGAGGUCACAGUGAACUUCAUACCAAAACCGAGUAAGCUUGAUUAUUUCACACAGAAAUCGUUUAGACCAAUCAGGCUCUCCUCAUUUCUUUUGAAAACCCUGGAAAGACUGUGUGAUCGCUACAUUAGAGAUUUCUAUCUCCCAACUAAACCAGUAAAUUCUAAUCAACACGCUUACACUCAGGGCAAGUCCACACUAACGGCUUUUCACUCGGUAACCAACUUUGUUGGUGGAGCGCUGGACGUAAAGGAGUCCGCCCUGGGUGUUUUCAUAGAUACAGAGGGAGCUUUUGACAAAACAACUUUUUCUGGUAUUAACGAUGCCUUGUUAGAGCAUAAUGUUUCACCGACUUUUUGUGGUUAGAUUGAGAACACUCUUAAACAUAGGAUAGUUAAGUUUAGGGCUGGCGAUGUCAGUCUCCAAGGAGGAGUUACUCGAGGCUGUCCACAAGGGGGUGUACUAUCCCCACUUUUGUGGAAUCUCACCCUGGAUAGCCUCUUGAAACGCCUCACUGAAGCCAACUUUCCUAUAGUUGGUUACGCAGAUGAUUUAACCAUUCUCGUCAAAGGCAAGUACAUAAACGUGCUUUUUGAUAGGAUGCAGUAGCUCUCAAAUUGAUAGAGUCUUGGUGUGACGAACAAAGACUCUCUGUGAAUCCUAAGAAGGCAGAGUUCAUUCUUUUGACACGGAUGAGGAAGUUUGGCAAGCCCAGAAUGCCAUCCCUUGCUAAUACUCCAUUGGUUUUGUCAAAACAAGUCAAAUAUCUGGGCAUCACACCUGACAAUAAAAUGACAUGGAGAACUUACCUAACUAAUAGAGUAAAAAAAGCGUACGUUGCAUUCGGUCAAUGCCGGAGGGCUAUAGGUAAGACAUGGGGUUUGUCACCCAAAAAUUGUCCUCUGGAUUUAUACGGCUGUAAUUCGACCUAUGCUUACAUAUGGUGCAGUAGUAUGGUGAUCAAAGACCUUACAAUCUACAUCCACUGCUGCACUUAAUAAAGUACAGAGACUUGCGUGUUUGUAUGUUACAGGUGCGCUGCGGACUACCCCCACUGCAGCCAUGGAAAACAUGUUGAACCUAAUGCCACUUCAUUUGUUCAUUCAAGAGGUGGCACUGGUGACCAUGAUUCGACUGCGGGCGGCAGGAAUUCUAAUGGGUGAGAGAGAUAGUAAGAAUGUCAUUCUCUGGAAGAAAAUGAUGGAUUACUCACCAAUUCUGGAUUGUAAAACGUACUUCACACCCCUACAACACAUUUUUACGAAGAAAUAUCUCACCCACCCAAGUUCCACAGAAGUAGAGGUAAAGAACAGCCUUAAAAUCCACACUGAUGGUUCAAGCAGACGGGAAGUAGCUGGAGCCGGAAUCUUCUCGUACGAUCUCCGACUCCACGUAUCUGAACCUCUAGGUAAAAGUACCACCGUCAUACAGGCGGAGUUAAUCGCCAUACAACUUGCCGCUGACGUUGUUGUCAGAUCUAACUUGGAAGAUAAGACUUUCACAAUUUACACUGACAGUAGACAAGCUAUUUUAGAAGAAUGUAAACGAUGAAAAUUAUAAUCAAUUUAUUUUUUGUACUUUUUUACUGGUUUAUUAUUCUUAAAUUCAGCUUAACAUGUUUCAACUAACGUCAUCUUCAGAAGCGUCGUUAAUUUAAAAAACUUGAGUUCAAAAAACACGUGUACAUUCAACAUUUUAUAAAGAUAUUUCUAUUUCUUUUCCUUCUCACAAUAUUAUUGAAUUAAUGGUGAUUAUAUAUUAAAACUUCGUAAGAAAUAUUUAAAAUUUAAGAGAUUAAUACAUUAAAUUAUAAAGUAAAGUUACAUCGAACGGACAUUACAAGUCAUUUAUUAUAUAUAUAUUAUUUAUAUAUUUUAGCCCUGAGUAAAAUAACAAUUACCUCAGGACUUGUUAUGGGUUGUCUUCUGACAUUGGAGAAGGCCGCGGUGCAUAACUGUGUUAUACUUCAAUGGACAAAAGGACACUCGACUUGUUCAGGUAACAGGCACGCUGAUAGGCUUGUCAAAAGGGCUGCCAAGCGAGCGCCCUGUACUGCCCCACUCUGCAAGACCUCAGAAUGAGAGACUUCAGAGAGGAAUGGCCGAGCACGGAUGGCAUCAGGAACACACCUCUGAGCUGCAUCCUAGCCUUCGGAAAUUGCUUAGGCUGGUUGAUGUAGCCAGAGAGAGUGCAGGAGGAUGUACAAGGGGCCCGUUGGGGCCUAGGUGCUGUAUGCGGAAACGUACCUUCCCCUUUCCUACAUACAUAAAGGAACGUAGUGACGCUAAAGAAAGUUUGUGUCAUCAAGCAAAAAAGAUGAAGAUUAUUUCAGAUAAAAACAACCCCUGACUGUUGAUAAUUACUAUAAACUGGGAAUAAGGCAUGGUAUAAUUACACAACUAUAUGCAAGGUCCCACUUUAGUGUUUGUGAUGGAAAACUUAUAUCUUCUGAUGAAGUUCCAAGGAGAUAUAUCUCAGUCAACCGUUACAGAACAAGGAUUAAAAAUUUUAAAAGAUGUGCUUGUACAAAAAAAUGCGAAACAAAAAAAUGUUUGUGCAAAAAGAAUAAUUUGUUGUGUAAUUCUGUGUCAUGGAAGUGGUCCAUGUACAAAUAAAUAACAUAUUUAUUUCUCUUAUUA